AUGUCUGGAGAUCAAGCCCAGGGCGCGGUCCAUGACAUGGACCCACAUGAGCACGAGGCAGGUCAAGGCACGCAAGAAGAUGCCAGCAAAGGCGAAGGUGCCGGUACCAAUCCGACAUUUAGUUUAGCCGGUCCCGGCGCGUCGAAUCCAGCAAGCAACGCGUACGUUGGAGACGAUUAUCGACUAUACAAUCCUCAAUAUGGAAAGGAAGUUGAUUCUCCGACAUGGAGCUUGGCUCAACCCCUUCCUCAUAUUGUCCGACCAGGGAUGCAACAUGGCGCAUUGCCAGAAGAUCGGAAAGAGGACAAAAAAGAAGUGCAGAAUGGUCAUGAACCAGCGGCAGAGAAGCCGCACUCCAAGGAUGAUUCCAAAGGCUCGGAAGAUGGCUUCUUCAACACUUGGUCUAAGAUUCGCCACAUUCUUCGAGAGCCACUAGCAGAAUGGCUUGGGAUAACCCUCGCAAUGACCAUUGGGCUUUGCGCAACACUAUCGAACUACACCUCCUCCGGUCAAGGUGGAAGCUACGCUACUCAAAGUAUGGCAUGGGGCUUCGGUUUUAUGGCAGCAAUUUACGUCAGUGGGGGCAUCAGCGGCAAGUCAGGACGGUCAGGAUGGUUAGGAGAUUACUUGCUAAUGAUACUAGGUGGUCAUCUCAACCCAGCCUUCUCUAUCGCGUUGAGCGUGUUCCGUGGCUUUCCCGCUCGGAAGUGUGUUAUUUACAUAGCUGCCCAGCUUCUAGGAGCUAUCACUGCUGGCGGAAUUGCCUAUGCAAUCUACCAUGAUGCUAUUGUCGAGAUCGGUGUCAAAACUGGGACGCCACAAAAUGCGGGUCUCGCCGCUGAGGCUCUAAUUACUGCACCGAAGUCUUAUGUUCAUCCCGUUACCGCAUUUUUUACUGAGUUCCUCGGCAGUGCUAUCCUCUUCGGCGCAAUUGUGGCACUUGGAGAUGAUACGAAUGCGCCACCUGGAGCCGGAAUGCAAGCUUUUAUACUUGGCAUUCUUAUUACCCUUGUGAUCCUUGCGCUUGGUUAUAAUACUGGAGGAUGCUUUAACUGUGCGAGAGACUUUGGGCCUAGGCUGACCAUGCUUAUGGCAGGAUGGGGUGGUAAGUUAUUCCGAGAGACCCAUGCGUGGUGGAUAUGGGGUCCUUGGUGUGCCGAUAUUAGUGGAGCGCUAUUUGGUGCAUUGGUGUACGAUAUGGCAAUCUUCACUGGAGGUGAAAGUCCGAUCAACUAUCCUCCUCGGCGACGAAAGAGAGCAUUCCAGGUGAGAUCGGUCAAUCUGCGGAAAAAGCUGGGCUUGAGGCGGAAGAAGACUCGGGAUAUCGAGAGCUCUUCUGCGGAGACUUGCCGCUAA